CCUGACUCUCCCUACUGUCAGAGCAAAAAUGUCUGCGCACUUAUCCUAUGGAAGAGUAAAUUUAAACAUUUUGAGGGAAGCAGCGCGGAAGGAGCUCCGUGAGUUUUUGGACAAAUGUGGAGGAAGCAAGGUAAAACGCCUGCAUUAAAGCGUUUAGAAAUUACAAACUAAUUUACCUUGUUUUAAUCUGAAAUUUCUGUUCAACACUAGCUAGCAUGCUAAGCUAUCAUCCACAUAAACAAUGAUGGGGUUGUUGUGGUACAUAGUCAUCCACAUAGUUAGUCAUGUUAGCUAGCUAGCUAAAUAGAUGCAGUGUAUUUAUGUGGCAAAAAUUGUUGUUGACUGUCCAUAGGCUAUUGUGUGGGAUGAAUACCUGACUGGACCCUUUGGAUUGAUAGCACAAUAUUCAUUGUUGAAGGUAAGACUGACUAAAAUGUGUACUUCUGUGUGUACUGUAGACCUACAGAAUAGCAACAAUGAAUGCUUGUGUUUGCUUAGGCUUUAGAAGGCUCACAUUACAGCAAGAGCAAAAUGCCAAACUGGUUGUUGACAGAUCUAAGUUUUCUUUAUAUUUUCUAGGAACAUGAGGUGGAGAAGAUGUUCACCCUCAAAGGGGGGCGUCUCCCUGCUGCUGACGUGAAAAAUAUCAUCUUCUUUGUCCGUCCCAGGCUUGAGCUGAUGGAUAUUAUAGCUGAAAAUGUAAUCAGGUCAGUAUCCCACUGUCUCACUGGCACUAAACACUUUUAUUGAUUUUGGAGUAAUGCUGCAGCCAGUAUUGCAUAUGGGUGGAUGUGGAUGUUGUUUUUUUACCCUCAUAUAGCGUAUCUCUUGUGUUCAAUGUGUGUUCCUGUAGUGAGGAUAAGAUGCAUUCCCCACGUGAUUUCCACAUCUUGUUUGUGCCACGGCGGAGCAUGCUCUGUGAGCAGCGGCUGAAAGAGCAGGGGGUCCUGGGCUCGUUCAUCAACAUAGAUGAGUACAUCCUAGACCUCAUCCCCUAUGAUGGAGACCUGCUCUCCAUGGAGUCUGAGGGGGCCUUCAGGGUAGGUUAGGACAGAGACAUGCACAUUAACACUACACACGUCCCAGUGUAUGCAUAGGCUCAGGUACAAAGCUAUCUUUUGUAUUAAUGUGCCCUGCCCGGCUCCUUUAGGAGUGCAAUCUGGAAAGUGACCAGACAAGUCUGUACCACACCGCCAAGGGCCUUAUGACUCUCCAGGCUCUGUAUGGGACCAUCCCGCAGAUAUUUGGGAAAGGGGAGUGUGCACGGGUGAGUAUUGGAAAAUACUUAAUUUGCAGUUUAAAUGUCCACAUUUUGUUUUAAAACAGACUCUUUGAUAAAUGCGUUGUGUUGGAAAUGAAACUCUCAUGUCUUUUCCCUGUGAAGCAUGUAGCUAACAUGAUGCUUAGGAUGAAAAGGGAGUUUGCUGGCAGCCAGAAUCAGAUCCUACCUGUGUUUGACUCACUGCUGCUGCUGGACCGCAACGUAGACCUGCUCACCCCUUUGGCCACACAGCUCACCUAUGAGGGCCUCAUUGACGAAGUCUAUGGAAUCACCAACGGUGAGGAUGGGCCUCUGUUAAUGCAUGAAAAAACAAUGCAAGCUAAAUACAGACAUAAUCAAUUCAAAUUGCCAUUUUAGUCAUUUAGCAGACGCUCUUAUCCAGAGCGACUUACAAUUAGUGAGUGCAUACAUUUUUAUACGGGCCAGUAUGACAUAUAGAUUCAAAUACAGACAUCUUGAGGGGUUUCUGUCGAUUUGUGUAUGUGGUUUGUGACCUUUGUGUGCUUUGUCUGCAUGUGUAUCUAUUCUGUGUGCAUGUGUCUGCAAACAGGUUAUGUGAAGUUGCCUCCUGAGAAGUUUUCUGCCCAAAAGAAGCAGGGUGAGGCGGGUAAAGACCUGCCCACAGAGCCCAAGAAGAUGCAGCUCAACUCAGCAGAGGAGCUGUAUGCUGAGAUACGGGACAAAAACUUCAAUGGUGUAGGGGCUGCACUGAGCAAGAAGGCCAAGAUCAUCUCCGCUGCCUUUGAGGUUGGUCUCAUCCCAACACACACACACACAGGCAGACAGACUGGUAAAAACUAUCUCAGAUAAGUCCUAAUGUCAGACCACAUAAGCUAGAGUUGUCAUCGACCUGAAAAUGUUAGCCAAGCCCUGUGAGCUGAAGCCCGAGCCCCGGCCCAACAUCACAGACAUUUUAUGAAUCCGAAAAAAAGCCAGAGUAAAAAAAAAAAAAGAUAUUGAUUUAAACUGAUGUUGAGAACAAUGCGGCGGAGGCAGGCGGCAGCGGAGUGAGGAGACAAGGAAACAGUCCUUGUCUUAGAAAGGCGAGGGGUUUCUUUCUUGGAACAUAUGGGAAUUGGCUCCAAUUUCAUUCAUAUGAUUAAAAUACUAUAUGCCAAUCCCUCAGCCAUAGUUAUAACAGGCAAUAUCUGCUCUGCGCUGUUCAGAAUCACUAGAAGCAGCAGACAAGGCGAUCCAAUUUCACCUCUGCCUUUCUUAUUAUCCAUGGAACCUCUGGCCCAGGCAAUUCGUCAAUCGAAGGAAAUAACACGCAUUUCUCUCAAAUCUACUGAUCACUUCAUCUCAUUAUACGCAGACGAUAUUUUACUAUAGACAAUGUAUCUCAAUCGCGUUGAAACGCAUUGAAGAUCAUAGAUAAAUUCAGCUUAAUCUCAAGUUAUAAAAUGUAUGUAACCAAAUCAGCCCUACUGCCUCUGAAGACCCCGAUGGAGGAAUCCAUCUCUACUUAUGGAAUCCAAUCGUUUCCCAUUAUACAUAUUUGGGAGUAGAUAUAUUUCCUUCUUUAAAUGAAACCAUUGCCAGAAACUUUAACAGAGCGCUCAAAUCAAUUCAAUCCGACCUCCGUAGAUGGAAUAAUAUCUCUGUUGCUUUAACCAGCAGAAUAACUAUUGUCAAAAUGAAUAUAUUGCCACGGCUGAAUUUCUGUAGUUCAAUGCUUCCCAUGGCUCCCCCUUUUGGCUAUUGGGAUAAAAUUCAUAGUGCGGUUUCAAAAUGUAUAUGACAAGGUAAACGAUCCCGGAUAAAAUGUACAAAUUUACAAAGAGGGAAAGAUGUAGGGAGGGGGAGAGAUUUAGAGAGCGCAGUAGUAGAAUCCAAGGUGCGCUAGUAGUCGAACAGGCACGCAAGGUCUUUUUUUUCCUUCUUUAUUUACAGCGUGGCAAGUCCAAACCCCGUCCAGCCCAAAUAAAUUCUGAGAAAUUCUGGCCCAGCCCAAGCCCAUCGGGUACUGUUGGGCUCAUCGGGUUCGGGCUGAAAAUGACAACUAUAUCUUAAGCUCAUUUAAGUCGCUCUGGACAAGAGCGUCUGCUAAAUUACUCUUAAUGUAAAUGUAAUUACAUUAGCUACCGAUUUCUCUAAUCAUAUUAAUUUGUGUUCUUAUUCAUCACCUUCGAUGUGCCAGGUAGACCUUUCAGAAGGUGGAUUUCCAAUGGUAAAAAGUAAAGCCAGCUGACAAUUAGUAUUAUCGACAUUAGUAUUAUCGACGAAGACCGUAAACAAAAUGUUUAUGAUACAAGUGUCAGAUAAGAGCAACAAAAAAAGCUGUUUUCUACUGUGUUUAGGUUAUGUGUAAUCUCCCUACAGGCUUGCACUUUUGUCAGCAAGAUACUUUUUGGCAUCAUAACUGUCACUGGAUGCUUUGCAUGUGAUAAUUAGGCUGACGUCUCACACCGGUGGCUAUUUCAGUUGAUGUACUCUUACAUUUCUGUCCUGCCCAAACCUGUUCCUAAUCAAAGUUUAUUUUCUCUAGUUUGAUGAAUGAUGACUGUAUCAGUGAGAGCAUCAGCUGUUCUCCAGCCAACAAACCAUUUCUUACUACUGUUAUGCCUACAUGGCAGCAGCCAUACUGUAUGUUUAAUCUGAAAUCAUCCCCACAUAUUUGCUUUGAGCUUAAUGUCUGUUUAUUGUGUAUUUGAGAAGUAGAUUUUUUGUAAUUUCCUAGGGGAUUUUAGUCAUCUCUCAAACAGUUCUCACAUUUCACAACAUCCGUAUGUAACACUACACAGUCCUUGUUAAAGUUUAUCAUACAUUUUCCUUACCUCAAACCCACAGCAUCCAAUAUCUGACUUAUGGUAAUGUGUGAUCUAAACUGCCUACGACUGACCUGUGUAAUUUCUUCCAGUGUUUAAUGUUAUUUAAUUGAAUUUGUCUUGCAGGAGCGCCAUAGUGCCAAAACAGUGGGCGAGAUAAAGCAGUUUGUGUCCCAGCUGCCCCACAUGCAGGCAGCACGGAGCUCGCUGGCCAAUCACACCUCCAUAGCUGAGCUUAUCAAGGACAUCACCAGUGAGAAAAACAACUUUCACUUCUUCUCCUUUCAUGUCCAACUACCACCUCUACAUUCCUCUUCCCUCCGCUCUAUCUGUCUUAAUCUGUCUUUCUUCCUGAUACAAGAUAUACCUACAGAAUAAUCUGAUCUUGAUAAAAUGUAAUGUGGUAGAGUAUAUCAGUAUGUCAUGUGAGUAUGUGUGGCGUACAGUUUAGUUUAAGACGGCUGUUGAUACUCUGUAACAGAGGUAAAUGGAUAUUCUCUCUCUCUCUGAUACAGCCUCUGAGGCCUUCUUUGAAAACCUGACAGUGGAGCAGGAGUUUAUGACUGGAGUCGAUACAGACAAGGUAGGUACACAAUGUUUUCAGUGCUUUGUCGACAUGUGGUUAGCUCCAAUGGUGGAAAAAGGAUCCAAUUGUCAUUCUUGAGUAAAAGUAAAGAUACCUUAAUAGAAAAUGACUCAAGUAAAAGUGAAAGUCACCCAGGAAAAUACUACUUGAGUAAAAGUCUAAAAGUAUUUGGUUUUAAAUAUACUUAAGUAUCAAAAGUAAAUGUAAUUGCUCAAAUAUACUUAUUUAUCAAAAGUAAAAGUAUACAUAUUUUCAAAUCCCUUAUAUUAGGCAAACCAGACAGCACAAUUUUCUUGUUUUUUUAAAUUUACAGAUAGCCAGGGGCACACUCCAACACUCAGACAUAAUUUACAAACGAAACAUUUGUGUUUAGUGAAUCCGCCAGAUCAGAUGCAGUAGGGAUGACCAGAGAUGUUAUUUUGUUAAGUGUGUGAAUUGGACCAUUUUCCUGUCCUGCUAAGCAUUCAAAAUGUAACGAGUACUUUUGGGUUUCAGGGAAAAUGUAUGGAGUAAAAAGUACAUUAUUUUCUUUAGGAAUGUAGUGAAGUAAAAGUUGCCCAAAAUAUAAAUAGUAAAGUACAGCUACCCCAAAAAACGAUUUAAGUAGUGCUUUAAAGUCUUUUUUACUUAAGUACUUUACACUACUGGUUAGCUCUGAUAUUGGAAGCUGCUGGGGGAGCCCCACCUCCAGCUGGGGGGGCCCCACCCCCAAACUCAGUCAGGGUCUCAAUUUACUGUUGAGAGUUAGAAUAGUAGAAUACGCAAGGUGCAAUUUAGAAAUGUGGUACUGCAUCACCAGUUUUUCUCUUCUAAUGUCAGUCACUGACAGUCACUCAAUUAGACCAUGUCAACAAAAAAUAUAUACAUUGUUAAGUUAGUCUAACUGGCUAUUUACACCUUGUAGUAAUCAUGGCCGAAUUACUGAUCAGGCAUGUGCCCAGUGGCCCUGAUUUUGUUAGUCAGUCACUCUCACUAAGAUAUCAUAUGAACAUGGCAUAAGUCAGUUAUGUUAUGCUAUGUUCAGUUAUGCCAUGUUUUAAAAACGGCAACAAUUUCUCUCCGCCCCAUGGCAAAAUGUGUAGAAUUUCAGAAAAUUAUAUAUCUCCGCCGUCAAGAGGGGGAUCACUAAAAUGUUUUACCAGCGAGGUGGGGGGCCCCCAAACCAAUUCUCGCAUAGGGUCCCCAAAAAGUUACGGCCGGCCCUGAAAGCUGCCUUAAUAAACAUAUUUUUUUGCUUUGUCCCUGUGUGUGUGUGUGUGUGUGUGCGCAUUUCUGUUCUUGCUAAUCAACAUCCCCUAUUUACCAUUCUCCAGGUUAACACAUACAUAGAGGACUGCAUCGCCCAGAAGGAUCCCCUAAUCAAAAUCCUGCGGCUGGUCUGUAUGCAGUCGGUCUGCAACAAUGGCCUCAAGCAGAAGAUGUUGGACUACUACAAGAGGGAGAUCCUGCAGGUGCAUUUUUUUCUGAUUACAUUACAAUACAUCAGUGGUUUAAAACGAGUGAUGGUCGUUUGAAGAUGAGAUGAAUGCUACUGUGGCAACAUGAUUGACCUGUGCUGUUUUUCUCCAGACUUAUGGAUAUGAACACAUGCUUACCCUCAACAACCUGGAGAAGACAGGUCUGCUGAAGCCCCAGACAAGCACCAGGAAUAACUACCCCACCAUCAGGAAGACACUCAAACUCUGGAUGGAGGAUGCCAAUGAACAGGUGAAUGAAUCCCAUAACGCAGUCUGGAUGAGGGGAGGGGUAGUAACACGAACACCUGUGUAACAACACUGUAAUUAUUCUAGUGACAUGUUAGUAAUAUAGUCAUUGCUUUGUAAUUGCACAAUAAUGGAGUUGAGUUGUUUUUGUCAUUAAGUUCCGUAAUUUUCGGACUAUAAGCCGCGCCUUUUUUCAAAUUUUUCGACCCUGCGGCUUAUAUAAUGGUGCGGCUAAUCUAUGGAAGACCUCCUAAAUCUAUGGAUUUUACAGGUUACAGUCCACCAACUUUAACUCUAUGGGCUCUAUGACCGGUCCGUGCCCCCCACCUUUAAGCGGCGGGCUCCAGCAGGAAAAGCUGGAGGCCGGAAGAGAAAGAGUGAGACAGGUAGCGCGCAAAAGUAAAAGUGGAACCGAGAGUGGAACGAGAGACAGAACGAGAGCAAGACAGACAGACAUUACGAGAGCGAGACAGUUUGUCUCUUUCCCGACAAUCCCCUCUGUGCACGAACCCUUACAUAUGGUAAUUAAACAUUAAAACACCUGCGGCUUAUAGUCCAGUGCGGCUUAUAUAUGUACACAUCAUUCAAUAUCAUUCAAUUUAGCUGCUGCGGCUUAUACUCCGGUGCGCCUUAUAGUGCGGAAAAUACGGUAAGAUGAAAAAAAUUAAAAAUUAAUUUGUAAAACAACGUUCCCAAAACGUACAUGCAUAGUUUUUCUCCGACUGUGAGAGUGGGAUUUGUAUGUAGUAUUGACUGUAGUAUUGUCUGUACUGAUACCUAGCUUGUGUGUGUGUGUCAUCUUCUUCCAGAACCCCAAUGACAUUUCCUAUGUGUACAGUGGCUAUGCUCCUCUUAGCAUCCGUCUGACCCAGGUGUUGGCCAGGCCCGGCUGGCGCAGCAUCGAGGAGGUUCUGAAGAUGCUCCCUGGUCCACACUUUGAGGAGAGACAACAGCUGCCUGCUGGCCUCCAUAAGAAACGUAAGGACCGCAGGAGACCAAGGCAGCCAGUUGCUCUCUUGCUCAACAAGCUGAGCUAUUGAAAGGCUGAGUGAAUGAUCACCUGUGUGGUGAUCUGCUGGCUGUAGAGAAGAGCUGGCUUUGUCCCUGCCAUGUCAAAUCAAAUCACAUUUUAUUGGUCACAUACACAUAUUUAGCAGAUGUUACUGCGGGUGUAGCGGAAUGCUUGUGUUCCUAGCUCCAACAGUGCAGUAGUAUUCAAAAAAUUCACAACAAUACACAAAUCUAAAAGUAAAAGAAUAAAAUAUAAAUAUUAGGACGAGCAAUGUCGGAGUGGCAUUGACUAAAUACAGUAGAAUAGAAUACAGUAUAUACAUAUGAGAUGAGAAAAACAGUAUGUAAACAUUAUUAACCUCUACGGGAUCGGUGUCCCGUAUACGGGACGGUUGAGCUAACGUGCGCUAAUGUGAUUAGCAUGACUGUUGUAAGUAACAGCAAACUUUCCAGGAUAUAGACAUGUCUUAUAUGGGCAUUAAGCUUAAAUUCUUGUUAAUCUAACUGCACUGUCCAAUUUACAGUAGCUAUUACAGUGAAAAAAUACCAUGCUAUGGUUUGAGGAGAGUGCACAACAACAAAAAACGUAUCACGGCAACUGGUUUGAUACAUUCACCUCUGAAGGUAAAUAAUGUACUUACAUUCAGUAAUCUUGCUCUGAUUUGUCAUCCUAAGGGUCCCAGAGAUAAAAUGUAGCAUAGUUUUGUUUGAUAAAUAUUCAAAUGUAGGAACUGAGUUCUACAGAUUCAACCCCUGCUGUCUCUGGCUCCACAUCCACCCCGCCUGGCCAUCUAGAUGUGUGAAAGUUAGUGUAUAAGCUAAUGAUCCAUCAUGUAUGACAUUCCUGGGAGUGUGUAAACUUACAUUUUGUAUUACCAUAUCAUUUUUGUAUGUUCUCUAUAGUUAUGUACUUGAAAAUGUAUCAGUUGACCAAUUCGGCACAUUUGGGCAGACUUGAUACAAAAUAGUCCAGUAUUGCAAUGGUUCACUGGAUCAAUCUGAAAGUUUGCACACACACUGCCAAAAUGUGGCCAAAAUCUAAAUUGUGCCUAAACUGCAAUAUUAUAUUGUGGCCUUUCUCUUGUAUUUCAAAGAUGAUAGAACAACAACAACAAAAAACGCAUGUUUUUUUGUUUGUAUUUUCUUUUACCAGAUCUAAUGUGUUAUAUUAUCCUACAUUAAUUUCACAUUUCCACAAACUUCAAAGUGUUUCCUUUCAAAUGGUAUCAAGAAUAUGCAUAUCCUUGCUUCAGGUCCUGAGCUACAGGCAGUUAGAUUUGGGUAUGUAAUGUUAGACGAAAAUUGAAAAAAAGGGUCCGAUCCUUAAGAGGUUUUUUAAAGUGACUAGUGUUCCAUUAUUAAAGUGACCAGUGAUUCCAUGUCUAUGUACAUAGGGCAGCAGCCUCUUAAGGUGCAGGGUUGAGUAACUGGGUGGUAGCCGGCUAGUGAUGGCUAUUUAACAGUCUGAUGGCCUUGAGUUAGAAGCUGUUUUUCAGUCUCUCUGUCCCAGCUUUGAUGCACCUGUACUGACCUCGCCUUCUGGAUGAUAGCGGGGGAACAGGCCGUGGCUUGGGUGGUUGAUGUCCUUGAUGAUCUUUUUGGCCUUCCUGUGACAUCGGGUGCUGUAGGUGUCCUGGAUGUCAGAUAUCUUAGAGCAGCAGUUGAUUUAUUGUACACAGUGAACAAAACUGGACCUUACCAUUAAGUGUGUGUCUGUUUGGGUAAUUGUUUGUGUACAUGUAUUUGUUUAUGAAAGAGGAGGGGCAAAGGCACUGUUGACCGUUCAAAGAUCAGGGAGUGGAAUAUCCCUCUCAUUUUAAGCAUUAUAACUGUGGGUUACUGACUCCAGGGUCAGUUUGGACAUCUCACUGACAUGAGGAUCAUUAAUUUGGUGAGAUGCCUUUCACACCAUGCAAUGUUAUUAGAACUAAGUUUGGUAUUAGACAGUUUACUUGUUCUUACAUGUCUGCCAUAUCUUUGUUCUAGAAAGGUGAUAAUGGAAGACAAUAAACAAGCCUGUUGUAGCAGGAGAAUGGCAGAGUUUGUUUGAGAUUUGAGAGAAUAGUAUGUGGGUGGGGACAUGGGAGGAUGGGGGUUGAAUAGUAGUGUCUCUUACUUUCUUUGUGUGUUUACAUGUACAAUAUCGGUUUUUGAGGUUAUCAAAGUAACCUCACUUCAAAACAAACAUUCUGCUAAAUAAUAAUAAUAAUUUGGUGUGUGCUUAUAUUUGUCCUGUCACAUGUACAAGUGUGUAUUAUACGCAUGUGUGAAAUGGAAAUGUGUUUUUUUUGCAUAUCCCAACUCCCCCUGAGACACCCUCUGAGUGUGGUGCACCCUGUGAUCUCCACCCUGUUUGACUGUUUGCUUUCCCCACCCACAGGCCAGCAGGGGGAGAACAGGACCACACUGGUGUUCUUUCUGGGAGGGGUGACAUACGCGGAAAUCGCUGCCCUGCGCUUCCUGUCUCAGAUGGAGGAUGGUGGCACAGAAUACAUCAUUGCCACCACCAAGCUCAUCAAUGGUACCAGCUGGAUCAAAUCCCUGAUGGACCGCCCUGAGGCCCAGGCCCCCUGA